UGACGCCGUUCCCAUUCAGCCCAGCGUGGUGUUAUGUUCCUGCCCAUCUCCAUCAAUGGUGAGGACCCAGACUGAGUCCAGCGUGGCCCCUGGUGUUCCCAGUGGUGGCAGCAGGCAGGGCCCCACCAUGGAUGGCACCACGGCUGAAACCCGGCCUGGUACCAGCUCCCUGCAACACGCUGCCCCACCGCCACCACAGCCUCGGAAGAAACGCCCUGAAGACUUCAAGUUUGGGAAAAUUCUUGGCGAAGGCUCUUUUUCAACAGUGGUCCUGGCUCGAGAACUGGCAACCUCCAGAGAGUAUGCUAUUAAAAUCCUGGAAAAGCGUCACAUUAUAAAAGAGAACAAGGUCCCCUAUGUAACCAGAGAGCGAGACGUGAUGUCACGGCUGGAUCACCCUUUCUUUGUUAAGCUUUACUUCACUUUUCAGGAUGAUGAGAAGCUAUAUUUUGGCCUCAGUUAUGCCAAAAAUGGAGAACUACUUAAAUACAUUCGGAAAAUUGGCUCGUUCGAUGAGACGUGUACCCGAUUUUAUGCAGCCGAGAUUGUGUCUGCUCUAGAGUACUUGCAUGGCAAGGGCAUCAUUCACAGGGACCUUAAGCCAGAAAACAUCCUGUUAAAUGAAGACAUGCACAUCCAGAUCACAGAUUUUGGAACAGCAAAAGUGUUAUCUCCGGAGAGCAAACAAGCCAGGGCCAACUCGUUCGUGGGGACAGCACAGUACGUCUCUCCAGAGCUGCUCACGGAGAAGUCAGCUUGUAAGAGUUCAGACCUCUGGGCUCUUGGAUGCAUCAUCUACCAGCUGGUGGCAGGACUGCCGCCCUUCCGUGCCGGAAAUGAGUAUCUUAUAUUCCAGAAGAUCAUAAAGUUGGAGUAUGACUUUCCAGAAAAAUUCUUCCCUAAGGCGAGAGACCUUGUGGAGAGGCUUCUGGUUUUAGAUGCCGCAAAACGCUUAGGCUGUGAAGAGAUGGAAGGGUACGGGCCUCUUAGAGCUCACUCGUUCUUCGAGUCCAUCACGUGGGAGAACCUGCACCAGCAGACACCCCCGAAGCUCACGGCUUACUUACCAGCCAUGUCGGAGGAUGACGAAGACUGCUAUGGCAAUUACGACAAUCUCCUGAGCCAGUUUGGCUGCAUGCAGGUGUCUGCGUCCUCCUCCUCCCACUCCUUGUCUGCCUUGGAUACGGGCCUACCCCAGAGGUCGGGCAGCAACAUAGAGCAGUACAUCCAUGGCCUGGACACCAAUUCUUUUGAACUGGACUUGCAGUUUUCUGAAGACGAGAAGAAGUUACUAUUGGAGAAGCAGGCCAGUGAAAACCCAUGGCACCAGUUUGUAGAGAAUAAUUUAAUACUGAAGAUGGGUCCGGUGGAUAAGCGAAAGGGUCUGUUUGCUCGCCGACGGCAGCUGUUGCUCACAGAAGGGCCACAUUUAUAUUACGUGGACCCGGUCAACAAAGUCCUGAAAGGUGAAAUUCCUUGGUCACAAGAACUCCGACCAGAGGCCAAGAAUUUUAAAACAUUCUUUGUCCACACGCCUAACAGGACAUAUUACCUAAUGGAUCCAAGCGGGAACGCUCACAAGUGGUGCCGAAAGAUCCAGGAGGUUUGGAGGCAGCGAUACCAGAGCCACCCGGACACUGCUGUGCAGUGACGCGGCCUUGGCUGGCUGCCCUUUGCUGCCAGGACACCUGCCCCCAUGCGGCUCGGCCGCCACCGGGGCGCUUCCAGACCACCUGCCAGCCAUCUCAAGGGACACAGACGGCAGAAACCUUGCAGCUUUUUUAUUUAAACAAAAAGAAGAAAAAAGUACCCAGCCACACAGAGAACAAAUCCAAUAACAGAAAGGAGUUCAGGGUUGCUUUGCCUGCUCUCUGUGCUCUGCAGGGCGCCGCACACUCUGGUCACAUGGGACCCAGCCCCGCCCACCGGCCCAGGUCUCACACAGCCCAGAGGACAGACCUGGCACCUGGCACCACCAAGCUUCUCACAUCAGUCAGAAGCACAUGGCGCCCUCUCCUCUCCACCUACCCCGUGCGCUGGCCUCACUGUGGCCAAGGGGACCGAUGUGUCUGGCUCUUCCUCCUCCUCACCGUCACAGAAUUCAUCACCAGGGCGAUUGCGUGGGGGCAGGGCUCUCUGCAUUUGUGCCUGAGACCCCUUUCUCCUGUCCCUCCUGAUGUCCCUGGAGGUGUGGCCAGGCCCCUUGUGUGUGGCUUUGGGCCAAUAUCUCUGUGGUCCUCGCUGUCUGGCAGGCAGACUCCACAUGGUGGCGUGUGGACAGAGAGUGGUGGUGGCACAUGGUUCAGGCCCUCAAAGGGCUUGCCCCCGCCACUCCCCACUGAGCAGUGUGGGCGGGGCUGAAGGCCCAGCAUGCCCGGAGGGGUGCCAUUGCGUGAGCCUGCUGAGCACCUGCCGGGUCACGAGUAUAGCGUACUGUUGGAGCCCCGGGCAGUCAGGAGGUGCCGCGGCUGCUAACCUCCAUGGGAGGAGUGUGGAGUGAGGCCUGGGCCUUUCUCGAGAGUCUUUACAGGUGAAACGUGCAGACCUCCCAGACGGUGAAGUGGGGUCUGAGAGAGACCAUGUCUGCACGUGCCCACGUCGCACACGCCCCGUUUGUGUCUUGUUCGUGCACAUUUCUCACAGCUCUGAGUCUCCCCAUCUCUGCCUGGGUCAGCUACAGGCGGCCACAUGGCUGGGUCAUCUGGUCCCAUAAAGGGUGGACUUCCUCUGGAGAAGGUGUUGCUCACCAUCACACUCAGCCUUGCCUGGGCUGCUGUCCUCUGCUUGGAUGGUUACGAGACCAGGCCUCAGCUGUCCCUCCCCCUUGCCCAGGUUACCCCUGGAGGUCAGCCCUCAGUCUGGCCCACAGCAGACCACUCAGACACGCUUCUCACUCGCACAACAUGGCCAUUUGAUAGACUUUCACUAUGGCUCCCCAAAAGGCCCCCACAGAACAAAUUCCCCCAGCCCUCCCUGCACCCCCACCUUCUUUCUCAAAUGGCCUGUCACAGUGGAUACCAGGUCGCGUCCACAUUGAGAACUGCUGUGACAGCAGUGUCCCUUGUUGAAUUGGGGGGUUAGUGCAGAUGUGGGGCCUUCUGUGCAGGGCUCCAUGGGAGCAGAGGUGCUCCCCAAGUAUGGCCAGCGUGUCUGCCUCGCCCCUCUCCACUGAGUGCUUUGCGGGGUUGGGGGCAGUGAGUGCGCAUGCGGGUUGAGCCGUGUCAGUCCUCAGGGAGCAGGACGAUUGGGCUGAGCACACAGCCCUGGCCUGUGACUUGGGCCAGGCCUCACCUCUCCUAGCUUUUAGAAAGCCUUGCCUGUGAGCAGGUGAGCCGCGCCUGGCCGUUUCUCUAGGAAUGUCUGUUCAGGCCUACUCCCCCCAUUGUUUCUCACCCUUCUCAGAAUGCCCUGCAUCUGCGUGCAAGAGUGGUUUCAACUUCUGAGCACACGCAGAUGCGGGAAGGACAUCUUUCCUGGGCGACUGGCUACAGGGAACGGACAGGCUUGGCUUUAACCAGAGCACUUAGCAGGGCUGCUUGGGGAGGUGUCCCGUUGAGUCCUCCCCUUUGGAUAGCGCCACUACCUCCUGGGCUUCAGCGACAAUCUCCACCCUAACCUGUGGGACUGCAGAGUGAGGAGUUCAGAGCUGUGCCCGCAGCUGCCAGCUGAAACAGCGCCCUCCCAAACUCGUGACAGCCUGGCCUUUCUUGCAGGCCACUGCUCUCCUGGCUUUGUUCCUUGCUUUUCAAGGCCCGAGCAUCUUCUCUUCCUACCCUGCACUGACAUCAACCUGAGUUUUACCCACCCCUUCCUUAUAGAGCCACCACGUGCUGCAGGUGCCUUAUGUUCUAAGAUGGGGACAUGGUGCCAGUCUCUGUGCAGAGAUGACCGUGCCUGGAAACCCCAAGCCAGGAACACGAUGCCCUGUGGUUUACGACGUCCUGCCGAGAACACGCAGGGCCAAGUGCAGAUGUUGAGAGCACGGCCUGUGUGAUCUCAGCACAGAAAGGAGGCUGGGUCACAGCUCCCUGCAUUUUGCCUGCCCUGGAGCUGCAGAAGCAGGUGUAGAAGUUUGCUUCCCACCCUCUCCUAUGGCUCCAGCCAGGCCACGGGUGGUCCUCGGUGAGGCAUGAGGCCUCUCCUCCCUGGGCCCAGCCCCCACAGUGCAGCCACCAUUGCACCCAGGGCUUGCUGGGUGCCUAUCCACAUGCUUGCUUGGAGAAGGGUGGCUCAUGUCCCCUUACUGAAGCAGGUAGGAGCUUCCCCUGUCCAGCCCUCCCGGGCUGCUGUGAGCCACACCUAAAGGGAUUGUGGAGACAACCCCAUGACACAGACCCCAGAGCACUGGUGGCUCUGUACUUAUCUUUGGGGGGGGGGAAUCAAGUGUAGGCUCACCACCCGGAAGACCACUGUGAACAUUUGGGUCUGCAUCCUGUUUCCUGCCCACUCCCACAUUUGUUUGCAUUUUUUUUUUUCUAUUUUUUGAGAGAGUUUUGCUAUAAGGGUGUGUGCACUCCCCAGAGAAAGACAGGGAGACAGAAUGCAAGAAAUCUCCCCCUGGGGGGAUGGCCAAGCUGCGAUCUCUUUCCUAGUCUCUUCUCGGGAGUUCGGGCACACAUGCCCAGUGUAAGUUUGAAGCUGCCGGGUCUGGGACUCAACCACCGUCGCCUGUGUGGAGUUCAGCGACGUAACCACCACGCCAUCUGCUGGCCCCUUGUUGGCAUUUUUUAAUGGAGACACACCUUUGCAUCCAGCUUAUCUCACUCGCUAUUUUAUCUUAAGCAUUUCCCAUGUCAUGAGCAAGUCUUUAAAAACAUCAUUUUUAAUGAAUGUAGAGUUUAAUGGUUGUAAAUUUUAUCCUAAUUUAUCUGGCCAUUUCUCUAUUAUAAAACAUUUAGAUGGUUUCUCACUAUUUAAAUAAUGCUGUGAUGAAUAUAAAUUUUUGAUUUUUGAUUGA